AUGCAUGCAGUUUGUGGAGAUGGAGCAGGAACUACUCAUAUUGAGAUUGGAAGAAUCACUGAAGGAUUUGUUCCAUCUGACAAUGUGGGAAUUCAUAUUUUCAUUAGAAGCGCAAUAAGCCGCAUCAGUAAUGCGAUGUGCAAAACAAAAAACAACAACACAUCACAACCGAUGCAGCGAUUGUCGCCAAUGCCAUUUUCAGGGGACGAGAAUUUUACGAGAACAGGCAAGAGAGUGACUGUGUCAUGA